CAUAUCACCAGUAUAAUCAGUACACUCAUUAUACUCCUCCUCAUCAUGAAGUCUUUUCUUCUUGCGGUACUUGCCUCCCUCGCCCUCGCGCAGGAUGGCAGCAUGUCCCACCAGGCGCCUCAAUCGGCUCUCGUCUACGAUCAAUCCAACUACGCUGGGGAUUUUGUCUCGGUGCCUCUGGAUGGCAGCUGUGUGAAUCUGAACUCUCUCUCGCCGGAUCUGACUGGAAGGGUGAAGUCCAUCUAUUCGACUUAUAGCGUCAACUGCGUUCUCUACGAUUGUCUUAAUUGCGGUGGUUAUACCUUCACGGCCGACGAGGGGGGAGUCUCCAAUAUUCCCACAACCCAUAUUGCGCGCAGUCUGAAGUGCGUGGAGGUGUCUCAGGGGUCUUAGUUGGUUACUGGCGAUGGUUAUAUAGAUCAGACAUAUCAUAAUAUCAUUGUUAUUUUGGGGAUUGCUCAUUAUAUCAGCCUCAAUGUUGCUUGACGCCAGGAU